CCACAUCGUCCACUUUCACUCGUCUCCUUCCUGCUUUCUCCUGUGGAUAAAGGGCGAGCAGAAUAGAGAGAGCUGAGGUUUCUGAAGAGACAGACAGAGAGAUGGCAACUCUAUCAUUCGCUUGUUUGGCCCUCCCUUCAAAAAUGAAAAAUUCUCUUUCAAUUAGUGGCCCUUCUUCUUCUUCUUCGUCAAAUCAGUCGAGUUUGACUGGUACAUUCAGGUCACUCAGUUUCUCCACAAACCUCUCGCACAAUGUCUUCUCUAAAGGGUAUCUGUCUAUGAGCAUGACACAAAUGCCAACACGCCGUUUUGUUGUGUGCGAGGCGGCUCCGAAGAAAAAAGCGGAUUCGGCUGCUAAGAGGGCUCGCCAAGCCGAGAAAAGGCGCAUCUACCACAAAUCUCGGAAAUCUGAAAUCAAAACCCGGAUGAAGAAGGUUUUGGAAGCUCUGGAUGUGCUCAAGAAGAAACCUGAGGCACAAGCUGAAGAAGUCCUUCCGAUUGAGAACCUAAUUGCGGAGGCAUAUUCAGUUAUAGACAAGGGAGUGAAAGUGGGAACGCUGCACAGGAACACUGGAGCGCGCAGGAAGUCUCGGCUUGCCCGGAGGAAGAAGGCUGUUGAGAUCCACCAUGGCUGGUAUACCCCAUCCCCUGCCGUAAAUGCAUCAUAGAACCUCUUGUGCCCAUGCAAAAAUUUAUGUAAUCCUAUGUUAAGCUCCUUAAGAGUGAUGUGAAUUCGUAACUUGAGGACUCUUGAGUACUUGAUGUAGAUUGGUCACAGUUCGUUUUGAUGUGUUUUUUUUUUUUUUUUUCAAAAUGGAUGUUGUGAUCCAGAACCUCAUUGCGUAAUUCAUAAUGGUAAUGCUUUCUGAUCU